GCAAAUGGAUAACAUCACUCACAGAAUCAAAAGACACAGAAGAGAGGUUCAAUGUCUUCAUCGUCUUCAUCAUCUAUGGCGACGCCGAAUUCUGACGCAACCACUCAGACUCAAGAUUCCGACACUGUUCCCUAUUCCAAUUCUCCCAAUGCCCUCGUCCCCGCCGCUCCCGCCGUUUGUCUCCUCCGCUUCGCCACCGACUCCGCCGCCGGCGCUCUCAUGGGCUCCGUCUUUGGAUACGGUGCUGGAUUGUUUAAGAAGAAAGGUUUUAAAGGAUCCUUUGUAGAAGCAGGAUCUUAUGCAAAGACAUUUGCAGUUUUGUCUGGAGUUCAUAGUUUGGUUGUUUGCAUCUUGAAAAGACUUAGAGGAAAAGAUGAUGUCAUUAAUGCAGGUGUAGCUGGAUGUUGCACUGGUCUUGCUCUAAGUUUUCCAGGUGCACCACAAGCUCUUCUGCAGAGCUGUCUCACUUUUGGGGCAUUUUCUUUUAUCAUGGAAGGGCUAAACAAGCAGCAACCUGCACUUGCAGUUCCCAUAUCCUGGAAAAAACCUGUGCAACACAAUGCAAGUCCGCCUUUGGUACUGCCCCUUCAACUCCCUCUUCCAGACAAACUAAAAGAUGCCUUUUCCUUUUUUUCCUAUUCUUUGAAGAAGCGCAGCAAGGGACCUUAUCCUACAUCUCGAUAAGAAAUUGGGGUAUCAUGAUUUUCUAGCAUCAUGUAGAUAAGAUGUGCACUCUUUACCUUUUAUUUUGUAGGUUCCUUGUAGCGUUUAACAACAUUUCUUUUUUGAUGAACUUAAGGGUAACAACAUAUUGUCCAAGGACAUGAUUGUUUACUUGUUCCUGAGUAUCGGUGUGGCAUCUUAAUUGUCCAAGGACAUGAUUGUUUACAUGUUCCUGAGUAUCGAUAUGGCAUCUUAAUUCUACCACAUUCUACCUUGGUGGUUUGUUGAACUUGGACUAUGAUGGUUGAUUUAGCUUGACCCGUGCACUUACUAAUAUAAUCACUGUUAGUAGGUGACGGCGAUUUUUGUUUGAAAGCUAAACUCUGCAAUUUUGGAA